UUCGCCGCUUUAAGUUUCAAAAUAAAUGCUGAAAGUGAAUUGUGUGUCUGUCUGAAUUCAAAACCGUUUUUGUCAUCUUCCUCAGAGCAUAACGAUGCUGAAAGUUCCUGAUUCUUCUUCACCCACCGGAGUUCUCGAAGAAUUCUUCAGAACCGAAGAAUUUGAAAGCUCCGAGGCCGCGAAGAACCCUUCCUCCUCUCGUUUCCGCAGAAUCGUUGAGCUUCUAAGAAGCACAUCGAAAAAAUCGCUGGAGAAUCUGAAGAUUCCGUUUCACAACAAUGCCAUUAAGAGCUCUUUGAGGAGAUGCACUAGCUUGAGGGACAAUCUCAGAUUCGGAUCCUCCAACGAUGCUCAUUUUCUUGUACACUCUCCUCGAAGAAUCUUCACUUUCUCCGAGCUCAAGAUUGCUACAAACAAUUUCGCUUUCGAGAAUCUAAUUGGGAAAGGAGGUUAUGCUGAAGUGUACAAGGGGAGGUUGUCAAAUGGACAAAUGGUAGCUAUAAAACGGCUGAUGCGGGGAAAUAGCGAGGAGAUCAUUGGAGACUUUCUAUCAGAGAUGGGCAUAAUGGCACAUGUUAACCAUUCAAACAUUGCCAAGCUUUUGGGCUAUGGUGUCGAAGGUGGAAUGCAUCUUGUUCUUGAGUUAUCACCUCAUGGGAGCUUAGCUUCUAUGCUUUAUAGCUCCAAGGAGAAGAUGAAUUGGAGCAUCAGGUACAAGAUUGCAUUGGGAGUUGCAGAGGGUCUCGUCUAUCUUCACAGAGGAUGUCACAGGAGAAUCAUUCACAGAGAUAUUAAGGCCGCAAACAUUCUUCUCACUCAUGAUUUUUCGCCUCAGAUAUGCGAUUUUGGGCUUGCAAAGUGGCUACCUGAACACUGGACGCACCAUAUUGUUUCCAAGUUUGAAGGCACGUUCGGAUAUCUUGCUCCUGAGUACUUAACUCACGGGAUAGUAGACGAGAAGACUGAUGUAUUCGCCUUGGGUGUUCUCUUACUCGAACUUGUUACUGGACGGCGAGCUCUCGACUACUCCAAGCAAAGUCUUGUUCUAUGGGCUAAACCAUUGAUGAAGAAGAACAAAAUUAGAGAGCUGAUCGAUCCAUCUCUGGUGGGUGACUAUGAUUGGAGGCAGAUUAAACUUGUGCUUCUGGCUGCUUCGUUAUCAAUCCAACAGUCAUCAAUAGAGAGGCCUGGGAUGAGUCAGGUCGUUGAGAUCCUCAAAGGCAACCUGAACGACCUCAAGUGCAUCAUGAAAUGCAAAGUUCCCUUUUAUCGGAAAGCUUUCAGGGAUGAACACAUCAAGGGAUAUUCAUAAAAUUAUAUCUUGGAGAGUGGAAAUAG